GUACAUUUCCCGGUGAGGGAACGGCUGCGACAGACCGCGCAUUACGGGGUCAGGUCCAGAGCCGGAGAGGGUUUGAGGGCCAGCCAGGAAGGGGGUUUCUUUCCCUUCCUACUUCUCUGCUUCAGGGCGGCGCCGGCUCUGCCUUCCUUCGCCCCACCGCCGUGCGCCUCCUUCCCGGCUCCUAGUGCUGGCUUUUCCUGGGCCCCUCCAGGCGGUGGGGCCUGGAGGUUCGGAGGCAGCGGCGGCUGCCCGGCGCGGGAGUUGAGGGGCGCGCCCCUCUUCGGUCCAGACAAUUCUGCGCCGGCCCGCGCCUCCAUGGGCCCAACCCAGAAGCCCAACGUGUGCCGCCGGCUGAGUCGCCGGGCGCUGGGCUUCUUCUCGCGCGACGCGGGCGUGGUGCAGAGGACGAACCUGGGCAUCCUGCGGGCGCUGGUGUGCCAGGAAAGUACUAAAUUUAAGAAUGUCUGGACAACUCAUUCCAAGUCACCUAUAGCCUAUGAGAGAGGAAGAAUAUAUUUUGACAAUUAUCGGUGCUGUGUCAGCAGUGUCGCAUCAGAGCCAAGAAAACUUUAUGAAAUGCCAAAAUGUUCCAAAUCAGAAAAAAUAGAGGAUGCUUUAUUAUGGGAAUGCCCAGUGGGAGAAAUGCUUCCUAAUCCAUCAGAUUAUAAAUCCUCACUCAUUGCACUGACUGCUCAUAAUUGGCUACUUCGUAUAUCAGCAGCUACAGGAGAAGUCCUUGAGAAAAUAUAUCUUGCUUCAUAUUGCAAAUUCAGAUACUUGAGCUGGGACACUCCUCAAGAAGUCAUUGCAGUCAAGUCAGCUCAGAACAAAGGUUCAGCAUUGGCCCGACAGGCAGGCAUUCAACAGUCUGUUUUGCUGUACCUUGCUGUGUUCCGUGUGCUACCUUUUUCACUCAUAGGGAUUCUGGAGAUCAACAAAAAGAUUUUCGGGAACGUUACAGAUGCUACCUUGUCUCAUGGAAUACUGAUUGUGAUGUACAGCUCGGGACUGGUCAGACUUUAUAGCUUCGAGGCCAUCACUGAACAGUUCAUGCAACAGGAACUUGACUUAGGGUGUGCAUGCAGAUGGGGUGGGACUACUGGAACUGUAGGAGAGGCUCCUUUUGGCAUUCCUUGUAAUAUUAAAAUCACAGACACACCACCACUGCUCUUUGAGGUGUCCUCACUGGAGAAUGCUUUUCAGAUUGGAGGCCAUCCUUGGCACUACAUCAUCACACCUAAUAAGAAGAAACAGAGAGGAGUUUUCCAUAUUUGUGCCUUAAAGGACAAUUCCUUGGCAAAAAAUGGGAUCCAAGAAAUGGAGUGUUGUUCUCUAGAAUCUGACUGGAUCUAUUUUCAUCCUGAUGCUUCUGGUAGAAUAAUACACGUUGGCCCAAAUCAGGUCAAAGUUUUAAAGCUAAGUGAAAUAGAAAAUAAUAGUGCCCAGCAUCAGAUCUCUGAAGAUUUUGUCAUUUUGGCCAACAGGGAGAAGAACAAAAAUGAAAACUUACCCACUGUUACAGCUUCUGGACGGGUGGUAAAAAAGAGUUUUAACCUUCUGGAUGAUGACCCAGAACAAGAGACUUUCAAAAUUGUGGACUAUGAAGAUGAGUUGGAUUUGCUUUCUGUGGUAGCUGUUACUCAAAUAGAUGCCGAAGGAAAAGCUCACCUGGAUUUCCACUGUAAUGAAUAUGGAACUUUACUUAAAAGCAUUCCACUUGUGGAGUCAUGGGAUGUGACAUAUAGCCAUGAAGUCUACUUUGACAGAGACUUGGUACUACACAUAGAACAGAAACCCAGCAGGGUCUUCAGCUGCUAUGUUUACCAAAUGGUAUGUGACCCUGGGGAAGAAGAAGAAACCAUAAACAGAAGUUAUAAGAAAGAUGGAGAUAAUAUUAAAUUUUGAGAUGUAACUUAAGAGACUUCUAGCCAAACAUCCCAGUGUUCAUGUCCAGUCCUCCUUUUUUAUUAUCUGUAUAGCAUAUCUCUGAUGUUUUCCAGAAAGGGUCUUGUGUUGACUUCAGAUGACUAUGAUACCUUUUUUAAAAUUCUUGCCAUACAACAGGGUAAGGACUUUCAUUUUAUGCCAAGGUUUUUAGAAUGACAUCCCAAGAAGUCUAACAUUUUGAAGCUUUUAGGUGGGUGGUGAUCCAAAUAUAAAAGAUUGGACGGAGAAGGACAGGUUAGUUCCAAUCAUUGGAAGAAGGUCAUUGACA